AUGGAGUAUUCAGUAAACAAAAACGUCACCACACCCUGGGUUAAUUUGCCAAUGACGUCAGCAAGUCCAACGACUAGCACUUUCCUAAACGUCACGGGAGCUUCAAACAACACGGAGCUGCCUGCGUCAGGACUAGAGAAUUUCAGCAACGAGUACCGAGCAAUCCACGGACACGCGGCUCCGGUCAUUUGCAUUCUGGGAAUCAUCGCCAACUGUCUAAACAUCGUGGUGCUGACCCGAAAGAACAUGGUGUCACCAACAAAUAUACUUCUGACCUGGCUAGCUAUAUCUGACGGAGCUACGAUGAUGGUAUACUUACCUUAUGCUAUACUUAACUACCAUAUAUACGUGAAACCGUUGUCUAGUCCACUUGCCAACGCGCAUUACCUGAUGUUCUUUGCUAUAUCCAGCGUUGUUGUGCACAGUAUCUCUAUAUGGUUAACCGUCUCCUUGGCGGUGUUUAGGUAUGUGUUUAUCCGAUAUCCUCGACGUGGGGCGAAGUUAUGUAGCAUCCACCGAGCGAAACUGACUGUGUUCAUCGUCUGCCUUGUCGUGACGCUAGUCUGUAUUCCUAACUCGGUUAGCUACACUUUAAAAUCGGAAGAUGCAGGAAUGAACAGAACUUCUUGGUUCAUCGGCGUUCGCGAUGAUACUCCCGGGUACGAGUUCCUCAAGACCUUUAACUUGUGGAUCCAAGCCAUUCUCGUGAAGCUCCUGCCAUGUUUUCUUCUGGCAAUUUUGAGUUUACUUCUUAUCAAACAGAUGAAAGACGCAGAAACCCGCCGGAAGAAGCUGAUGAAUAAAAGCAACUCCAAAGCCGAAGACGACUCCAGAAGGCAGAGAAAAACCAACAGAACCACAAGGAUGUUGGUGGUGGUCGUUGUGCUGUUCGUACUAACAGAAACACCACAGGGCAUUCUCCAACUUAUGGGCGGAAUUAAUCCGAAUUUUUUCACCUCUAUCUACCAGCCGCUUGGAGAUUUAAUGGAUACUUUAACCUUGUUCAAUAACGGAAUCAACUUUGUCUUGUACUGCACCAUGAGCAAACACUUCAGGGACACUUUUAUCAAGAUCUUCGUCAGUGACAUUGUCAAAGCAACAGGGAUGAGAAGCGAGAACCAGUUAAUGACAACUAGAACUACCCGUGUUUCCGAAGUCUGA